UCUCAUGUGAUUGGACAAGAUGGCAGACGACGGAAGACUAACUUUGGUCUCUUUAGUGGUGUUUUUGACAUUGUCAAGUGCCCUGGGCCAGACACCAGUGGUUCUUUGGCAUGGCAUGGGUGACAGUUGUUGUAACCCACUUAGCAUGGGAUCAAUCAAAGGUCUGAUAGAAAAACAAGUGUCCAAAGUAUAUGUUAAGUCCUUGGAGAUUGGUGAUAAUAUUGAAGAGGACACUGUAAAUGGCUUCUUCCUGAAUUGCAAUACACAAAUUAGUAUGGUAUGUGAAAUGCUGGCUAAAGACCCAAAACUGCAGAAUGGUUAUAAUGCCAUUGGAUUUUCACAGGGAGGACAGUUUUUGAGAGCAGUUGCCCAGAGAUGUCCCAGUCCACCUAUGAUUAACUUGAUCUCUGUUGGAGGACAACACCAAGGUGUGUAUGGAUUUCCUCGAUGCCCUGGCGGUAAUUCAACCUUGUGUGAUGAGGUCAGGAGACUACUCAAUCUUGGAGCUUAUAUUGAUGCAAUUCAGGAUAGGUUGGUUCAGGCUGAGUAUUGGCAUGACCCAAUGAAUGAGGAUGAGUACAAGCAGAAAAGUGUUUUCUUAGCAGAUAUUAACCAAGAAAAUAAAAUGAAUGCUACCUACAAAACCAAUUUGAUGAAAGUGAAGAAUAUUGCUCUUGUUAAGUUCUUGGAUGAUGGUAUGGUACAACCCAGAGACAGUGAGUGGUUUGGUUUCUACAACCCAGGACAAGCAAAGACUGUAUACAACCUAACACAGUCAAAGUUAUACACACAGGAUUUGCUUGGUCUGAAACAGAUGAAUGAAGCUGGACGUCUCCAUUUCUUAGCUAGUCCUGGCGAUCAUCUCCAAUUUACAGAGGAAUGGUUUAUCAGCAAUAUUGUCAACAAAUUCCUCAAAUAGAACUUUACAAGGACCUGAUGCAAACAAAACAUGAUUGCAAUUCUUCUAAAAUUUACUUUUUAAUUUUUUGUAUUAAAUUAUGGAUCAAUUUGAAAUACUCAAUAAGUUUGUUAUUAUAUUAUUGUUAGAAUUAACAGAAAUUAUUCAUAUCACAUACAAACUUUUAUUAAAAUAAAAGAAUGAUGCAACAAAAGUUACUUUAUAUGUCAGGUGAAAAGAGAUAAACAGUUAUUUUGAAAACCAACACAUAUUGCUUUAUGUUGAUCAGUUGUAUAAUUCUCCACAAUUUCUUAAUUGUUCUAAGUUUUCCUUGUAAAUAUUUAUUAUACUUAAACAUUGUUGCUUCAAAUAGAUGUGCAGUAUUAUUUUAUUUUUAAAUUCCUGUUUCACUUAUUAAAAAAUCUAGUAUAUGAAUCACUUGAAUAAAAAAAUUGUCUCCCUUUUAUUUCUUAAAAUUUAUAUAUUAUUUUGUAUAUUUAAGAAAUUUUCUUCAAACUUUCAUAUUUGUAUAAUACUUUAUCAAUAUAUGUGAAGAAAUAUAUUUUUCUUGUAUUGUAAUGAUUGCAGGGUACAAAUGAGUUCUUUUUCAAGCAGUUACAUCAAUUAUAAUGAAUAUGAAAGUUAUUGUUCUAAUAAUAGACAAAAUAAACGGGUAGAUUUUUUACUACAAAAUGAAUUGUUAAAUCAAUAGAAUCAGUAAUGUGAACAAGAGUCUUAUGUAUGAUUGUAAUUUUUGUAAUUUAUACUUUGUCUCUACUGUUAUAUCAAUUUUCUAUAAUUUGUUUUGUAAGACUUUAAUUUAUAUAAAAUAAAAUUAACAUUCCAUA